AUGGCGCGCUUGUUCGGUGUCUUGUGCCUGCUCUUUGUGAUCAAAUCAGCAUUUUCUCUUCCUCGUCCGAACACCAGAGUUACAGAAGAUGAAAUGAUAGAGAUUCUGGAACAAUAUGAGACAUCUGCAUCGCAGAAGUGUAGAGAUUAUAACUUAGCAGCCUGGAAUUACAACACGGACGUAGAGAAUGCCUCUAAGGUUGAGGAGCUUACAGCACAGACCCUGGAAUUUGCAAAAUUUGAGAAGGAACAAUGGCAGCUACACUUCAGUAACGUCUCCUGGGAAAACUUCCAGAAUGAAACGGUAAAGCGUCAACUCAGAACUCUGUCUGUACUGGGUGUUUCGGCGCUAGACGACGCUGAGCUCAGCGAGCUGAAUGGGCGCGAAACCGCCAUGACUACAAUAUACAGCUCUGCCAAGAUCUGUCCAUACAACAAACAGGAAUGUGAUCUCGCCACUGAAGGCCUGUCAUUGGAUCCAGGCAUGGAAGCAGUUAUCUCCACAUCCCAAGAUUACGAUGAACUAACAUACGUCUGGAAGGCAUGGCGAGAUGUGUCUGGAGCCAAGAUGAGGGAGGACUACAAGACGUACGUGGAGCUGAGCAACCUGGCAGCACAGAAGAACGGCUUCAGUGACAACGGGGAGAUGUGGAGGAACGAGUUUGAGACAGAGGCGUUCGUGGAAGACAUGCAGGAGCUGUGGAAACAGGUGGAGCCAUUGUAUUUGGAACUGCAUACGUAUGUGAGGAGGAGGCUGAGGACGUUGUACGAGGACAAGCUGGGUGACGACGAUCUUAUCCCGGCGCACAUCCUGGGAAACAUGUGGGCUCAAAGCUGGGAGAACAUUUAUGACAUCGUCAAGCCAUACCCUAAUGCUACUGGAGUUGACGUCACCAAAAAUCUCAAUGAUCAGGGUUAUAAUCCUCUCCGGAUGUUCCAAGCAUCGGACGAAUUCUACAAGUCGCUAGGGCUGCCAGAGAACAGUAUGUCGUACGACGAAAGCGUGGCCAUGAUAGAGAAACCUGAGGAUGGACGCGUGGUAGUCUGCCACGCCUCAGCCUGGGACUUCUGUGACAGGCAUGACUUCAGGAUCAAGAUGUGCACCAAAGUGAACAUGGAGGACUUCGUGACAAUCCAUCAUGAAAUGGGCCACAUCCAAUACUAUAUCCAAUACAAGGACCAGCCAUAUGCUCUGCGGGCCGGAGCUAACCCAGGUUUCCAUGAGGCUGUAGGUGAUACUAUUGCCCUCUCUGUGUCUACGCCCCAGCACUUGCAGAAAGUUGGACUUCUUCAGGACUACGCCGAUACGAAGGAAGACAACAUCAAUGCACUAAUGCAGAUAGCGCUACAGAAGGUUGCCUUUCUUCCGUUCGGUCUCCUGAUCGACAUGUGGCGAUGGGAUGUUUUCAGCGGAAAAGUUAACGAGUCACAGUGGAACACUCACUGGUGGGAACUGAGGGAGACAAUCCAGCGAGUGAAGCCUCCUGUGUCAAGGUCGGAAGCAGAUUUCGAUCCCGGCGCAAAGUAUCAUGUGCCAGCCAGUUCGCAAUACAUCUCAUACUUUGUGGCGCACAUCCUGCAGUUCCAGUUCCACAAGUCACUGUGCAUCGUGGCUGAGCAGUAUGUCCCUAACAAUCCCGACAGACCGCUUCAUAAGUGUGACAUAUACCAGUCGCAGAAAGCAGGACAACUCUUGAGGGAUGGCUUGAGUAUUGGAAGCUCCCGCCACUGGACCGAAGCUCUGCAAAUACUGACCGGUGAAAGUAAAAUGAACGGUUCGGCGCUGCUCGAGUACUUCCAACCACUCUACGAAUUUCUGAAGGCGGAAAACAGCAUAGAAGAGAACAGCAGCGAGUAUACUUCGGAUGACCAAACGGUUCCAAUUGUUGUCGGUGCCGUUCUUCUGGGCGUCGUUGUGAUUGUUAUUAUCGGUUACCUGGUUUUCAGAAGGCGUGCAGCGAAGAGAAACGCGUCUGCAUAAAGAUAAACUUGAUUUUAUGACGGCAACAAAGGAAAAUUUGUAUUCAUCGAAAGAACUGUAAUACAGAAUAUGUGCAUACAAAUGACGCUGUCAAACAUAGAAGCCGCUGACUACUUCUGCUCUUAAUAGUACGCAUCCUGUUGUGUGUUAUAAGCAAGGUACACAAAAUGCAUACAAAAGUAUGCAGCUGCAGUCUACACAACAAUAUUCUCUAUUUAAAACAAAGUAGACACUGUCGUAUCAACAUUUCCUUUACGCUACAUGUUUCCACCCUUAUACUGGGUCAUCAUCAGACUCAGUUGCUGAAUUGCAUCUAAUUAUUGUACCUAAUUCUUCAACAAGGACGUUUAUUGUGCUCUGGAGUGUUUUAAAUGCAUAAAUUGAGUCUUCAGAAUUUUAAAAUACUUAGAUAAUAAAUUUAAAAAGUUAAAGACUAAAGAUUAAUGACCGCUACGUGUUGAUACGAUUUUCUGGUGGUAGAAACGACUAUAAUGUGGGGACCUGCGUACAACAUAGCGACAUCAACACAGGGAGCAGCCUGUACACAUAUCAUCAUAAGAAAAUCUAAUAUACAUCACUCCAAACAAACAACCUAGUGGGUGAAAUACAGAAUAACGAGCAUAAGGUCCACAAGACGAUAGUAAGGUCAACUAACUUAUGAGAGGAUCCCGGUACGCAGGCGCCCCAAACUAUAGUCGUUUCUAACACCAGAAAAUCACGUCAGCACGUAGCGAUCACAAAAUUUUAAAAAAGAUUUAUCGCAAAAUACGUACUUCAUUACCAUUUUAGUACAAUUUUAAUUUUUAUGUUUCAGUCUUUAGUCUCUAAUUUUUAAAUUUUAUUA